AACUGUCCGUCCUUACCACCUUUGUCCAGUGCUGUGCAGUAUUAUCUUUACUCUCAUGGGAGUCAAUAACAGUCCGACCAAGAGCUAGGACAGGAAAUAUAACUGCGGUGGAUUUUCAAAAUAUUCUUGGGAAGUUCAGAUGGCACGGAAGGAAGUAUGCUGCGGCCUGAGCGCUCUGGAGGUUGUGCUCAUCGUGUUGUUCGUGGGUAUGACCGGAGUGUCCGUUGGUCUGAUUUCAGUCAUGGCCACCGUGUGGAUUUCUGAGACAACGCAACCAGAACCUACCUUUGGGCCCACACAAGCUCCCCCAGAGAACCACUUCCUUGUAGGGGUGGGUAGAGCAGACUGCACAGGACCUGUUGGGGAUGUACCCCUGAUGGGGUAUGCCACUCCAGACCAGACGGCGGGGGGGCUCCACUUCCGUCUGUACAGCAGGGCCUUCAUAGUGGACGAUGGGAGCAAGCGAGUUGUGUUUGUCACUGCUGACAUUGGUAUGGCCUCCCAAAGGCUGAGACUAGAGGUUCUAAAAGCACUCCAGGUGAAAUACGGAGACUUGUACAGACAAGACAACGUGGUUCUGAGCGGCACACACACACACUCUGGCCUGGGCGGAUACUUCCAGUAUACCCUCUUCAUGAUCUCAAGCAAAGGCUACAUCAAGUCUUCCAUCCAGCCCAUCGUCAACGGGAUUGUCAAGAGCAUUGAAAAAGCCCACAAGAGUCUGAGGCCGGGCCGUAUCUUCCUCAGCCGAGGCGAGCUGGAGGACAGCAGUCUGAACCGAAGCCCCCACUCCUACAUGAACAACCCAGAGGAGGAGCGCCGGAGGUACAAAUCCAACACUGACAAGCAGGUGUCGAUGCUGAAGUUCACGGACAUGGAUGGGGACGGCAUGGGGACGCUCAGCUGGUUCGCUGUUCACCCUGUCAGUAUGAACUACACCAAUCGCAUGGUUAGCGGAGACAACAUGGGCUACGCCUCCUACCUGUUUGAGCAGGAGAAGAAUAUCAACGCACUUCCUGGUGAGGGCUCAUUCGUGGCAGCGUUUGCCUCCAGUAACCUUGGCGACGUGACCCCGAACAUCAUGGGACCCUACUGUUUGAACACAGGGGAGAAGUGUGACUACCUCAACAGCUCCUGUCCCAUUGGUGGGACAAGAAUGUGUGCUGGCUUCGGACCAGGGUCAGACAUGUUUGAAAGCACCAGGAUCAUUGGAGAGAACAUCUACAAAAAAGCCAAAGAGCUUUAUGGGAAUGCAAAGCAGGAACUGCGGGGAUCGGUCCAUGCUGCCCACCAGUGGGUCAACAUGACGGACGUCACGGUGCAGAUCAACUCUACACACACGGCUAAAACGUGUAAACCAGCUCUCGGCCUCAGCUUUGCCGCGGGAACAACAGACGGUGGUGGUGACCUUAACUUCACCCAGGGUGCUGUGGAGGGGGAUCCAUUUUGGGAAGGGGUCCGGGACGCCCUCUUAGGCGUUCCAUCUAAUGAGACACAGGACUGCCAUGAGCCCAAACCUAUUUUCUUCAACACUGGAGAGAUGAACUGGCCUCUGCCAUGGCACCCACAGAUUGUGGAUGUCCAGAUCCUCACCAUAGGCUCUGUGGCUAUUGUAGCCAUCCCUGGAGAAGUAACCACCAUGUCCGGGAGGAGGUUAAGAGAAGCGGUCAAACAGGAGCUGGAGGCCAACGCGGGAUUCUCAAACACUGACGUUAUCAUCGCUGGCUUAUGCAACAUCUACACUCAUUACAUCACAACCUAUGAAGAGUAUCAGAUCCAGCGCUACGAGGGAGCGUCCACUAUCUACGGCCCUCACACCCUUGGGGCCUAUCUGCAGCUCUUCAGGGGUCUGGCCAAGGCCAUAGCAGAGGGUAGAGAGUCUAAGCUGCCCAAGGGACCUGAGCCUCCGUUCUUUAGUGACAGCCAGCUCUUCUCCCUGCUGCCUGCACCGCCUGUGGACAGGAAGCCAGCCAACACCAGCUUCGGCGAAGUCCUGGAGCAAGUCUACCCCGUCUAUAAAGUGGGAGAAGUGGCCUCAGUCACUUUUGUCGCGGGGAAUCCAAGGAACUCUGGAGAUAUGACUGAUAACACCUUCAUCACCGUUGAGAGGUUUCACAACAGCUCCAGCAAGUGGACAAUAGUUCACACAGAUGCAUCCUGGGAAACACGAUUCCACUGGGUGAAGGGAUCUGGUGGCCAGAGCAACGCUACAGUGGAGUGGCAUAUCGCCCCGUCUGCCCAGACUGGGACCUACAGGAUCAGGCACUUCGGUCACUACAAGCAGAUCAAGAUCUUCAAACCCAUCAUCACAGCUUAUGAGGGCAUGUCUGAUGCCUUUAAAGUCACAAGAGCAAUGGGAUACUGGUCCUGAGUCAGUCAGUCGGAAGUGAGUGAUUUGGUGAUUGAAUAAGGUACAAUGCUGAAGUACAAUAUGAGCUUCAGUUAUCUCAGGUAUAUCUUACAUCUUGUGCAACUGCAGAUACACUGUACUGUGAUCGGAAGUGCUGAUUGAUUAAUCAUGUCAGGUUUGAUGUGAAGGCUUAUGGAAAAUCUCUGAUUUAGUUUGUGAAAUGAGUUGUUGCUUUGAGUUGUUGUUUUUUAUGACAAGACAAUGGAAAUUCACAUACUAUGAGAUUGGCUGGAUGUGUGGAAAAUAAAUGGUUUAUGUUUCCGA